GCGGACGGCAUCUCGGUGGGGCGGCGACAAGUGGGCCCCGAUUUCUAGCCUUCGGUACUCGCAGAGGAGGAGCUGCGACCGGCUGACGGACGGCCGGCGAUUGGGAGCGCAGCAGGGGAUUCAGGCCGGGACGGCAUUGGAGAGGACCAGCAGGCACGGUCAAGGCGGGAGGCCUGCGGCCAUCUACUGGAGCUACUAAUUUAGUGCUGCCACUGGCUGGUUCCGUCGCCGGGCUCAUUUGGGCUCUCAAUCGAACAGACAAGGUGGACCUUGUGUGCUCAACAAAAUGUCCAGCAACAGCGGUGGAGAUGCAAAGCAGAAGGGUCCUCAAAUUGCUCCACCGCUUGUGGAACCUUCAUUACUCCAGAAUCUCAAGCCUCCUUAUGCUCCAGACAGUCCUGCCACUGAUCUGAGAUUAGCUCAACAACCUUAUCCUGGACAUGUAGUACUCCCGCGUCCAUGCACAUAUUGGCCUCCUCAUGCUCCCUCGUCCCCACCACUAAAUCCUACGAAUCCACAACAAAAUGGGGAAGCGGUGGGGGAUGUGGUGGCAGCCAAUGUUAAUCCUGUGAUUGAUAGCUGCGAUGAGAUGAUGUUGCCAAAGGUAAAUACACUAUUUGACAGUGAGGAUGAGGCUUAUGAGUUCUACAAUUUGUAUGCGGAGAAGGUGGGCUUCUUUGUUCGCAGAUCAACACUCUGGACAACAUCAAAGAACAUCAUCACUAGGAGGACAUUUGUUUGCUCAAGAGAAGGUUUCCGGGAGAAGAAGAAGGGUGCCAAGGAAUCAAAAUGCCCACGGCCUGAAACAAGAAUUGGUUGCCCAGCGAGCAUGACCAUCCGGCUUACUGCUAAUGGCAAGUACCGUUUGACGGAAUUUGUACCAAACCAUAACCAUCACUUAGCAACAGCUUCUACGAUUCAUAUGUUGAAAGCAAAGAAAAUUAGGCGUACAGCACGGGCUGUGAGGGAAAAUCUGGUGGAUGAUACUGUGGUAACGCCAGAAUUUGAGAAUGAAGAUAAGGCAUAUGAUUUUUACAGCAGAUAUGCAGGGAAGCUUGGAUUUCACGUGAGAAGGGCAAGCUUGACCGUGAAUGCUGAAAAUGUUAUCACCAGAAGGAUGUUUGUUUGCUCAAAAGAAGGGUUCCGCGAGAAGAAAAGAGGAGCAAAUAGAGUAAAGAAGCCUCGUCCAGAAACCCGAACUGGUUGCCCAGCGUGUCUGGUCAUCCGACUUGCACCUAAUGGCAAAUAUAAUGUCACAGAGUUCGUUACUUGCCACAAUCACGGGCUUGGUGCUGCAGCAGCUUCUGAUCUUGUGAUGGAAUCACUGACUGAAAUUUAUCAAGAUUACAGAGUCGGUCUGGUUGAUAAAUCACCAGGUGAUUCCACGGGCAAGCAAAGCCUUAUCGAAGACCAUGUCACUUCAAGCUGUCUAGAAGCUAGAAGUUGGAGAAGGUACAAGCGCAAAGUUCCUCACUGUGGUGAUGUAGGUGCUUCUCUGGAGUACCUACAAAAGAUGCAGCAUGAUAACCCUUCAUUUUUCUAUGCUAUAAAAUCUGACGAGGAUGGAAACUUGACGAAUUUUCUGUGGGCAGAUUCAAAAUCCAUCAUGGACUUUGCCCACUUCGGUGAUGUAGUAUGCCUUGAUUCAGGUUAUGCACUGCAAGGCUAUGGUAGGCCGGUUGCUUUGUUUACAGGUCUGAAUCAUCAUAAACAGACUGUCAUCUUUGGUACUGCAUUGCUUUAUGAUGAGAGCUUUGAAGCUUUCAGAUGGUUAUUUGAUACUUUCAAACUGGCAAUGAAUGGUAUCCUUCCCAGGACAUUGUUAACUGAAAGAUCUCCUGUCAUAAGUGAAGCGGUCGCAACAAGUUGGCCUGCAACAACACAUCGUUAUUGUGUCUGGCAAAUUUACCAAAAUGCUCUUCAGCAGUUGAGUCAUGCAUUCCAUGGGUCAAGAAAUUUACAUUGCAACUUCAAGAGAUGCCUAUUUGAUUGUGACGAUGAGGCAGAGUUUUUGAUGGCGUGGAGAGAAAUGUUGGCAAAUUAUGACCUUCAAGAUAAUCAAUGGCUAGCAGACCUGUUUGCCCUUAAAGAGAAAUGGGCAUUACCAUAUGGCCGUGACGCAUUUUACGCUGAUAUGAAAAGCGUCCAGCAGAAGGACAACUUGAGCAGUGAGCUUAAAAUACAUUUAUCCCUAGAACGUGACCUUUUGAGUUUCUUUGUGCAGUUUGAAAGAUUAUUGUGUGAUCGUCGGUCUGCAGAACUGCAAGCUGAUGUGAGUGCCAGCCAGAGUACAAAGAAACCACCUUCGAUGCGAAUAUUAAAGCAGGCUGCCGAUAUAUAUACACCUGCUGCCUAUAAAAUGUUUGAAAGUGAGUUUGAGUUGUACAUGGAUUGCAUGCUAUAUAACUGUGGCGAGAUGGGCACAAUUUGUGAUUAUAGGAUAACUGUCGAGGACAAUCCGAAAGAUCAUUUUGUUAAAUUUGAUUCACUCGAUUCAAUGUCACGUUGUAGUUGUAAGGGGUUCGAGUUUGUAGGGAUUCCAUGUCGCCAUAUGCUGAAGGUACUUGAUACUAGGAAUAUCAAGAACCUUCCUCCUCAGUAUGUCUUGAAAAGGUGGAGGAAGGAUGCCAAAUCAGGAUCUUCGAAUGGUGGUUAUGAAUACCCUUUUGAUGGUGAUCCUCAGUUGGCCCAGACAAAGGGUCACAAUUUACUGUGCCGAAUAUUCAGUAUAGCAGCGGCUAGAGCAGCUACUUCUGUUGAAUCAUUUGCAUACAUGGAAAACCAAUUGAGCACACUUAUGGGUCAGGUGGAACAAUUUCUUGAAAACAGAACCCCCGACAUGGCUGCUAUCAUUGGUGCUAAUUGUGAUCGUACUCAAAAUAUGGUCACAGAAGGUCUACACAGUCAUACUAAUUUUGUCAAUGGCUCUGCUGAUGAUUCUCUAACCUUCCCCUUCACACUGAGUGCUGGUACGCUGGAUUACCGCUAGACAGGUGCUAGACGAUGGUAUAUAUCUGGCUGCAAUACCGAGUUGGUGGUGCGUAGAAAUAAUCAACAAGCCGGGAAUAAUGAUGAUUGACACCGGCUGUACAGGUCAUUUUCGGAUAGAUUUAUUAGAACUGCCGGAACUUUGCCAUUGGCAAGUUCAUUAUUCUGACAUGGUGAGGUAUAACAGAAGAUAUUUCUUAACUACAGUUCCACCUACCCGUGCCAUGGCUCCUCACACUGAGUGGAUAUAUGGGUUGCCUCCUCGAUUGCUUUCAAGUGGUGAAUCCUUAUGGGCGCUAAUGAUCCCCCAGUGUGUUUCAAUGUGGGCGUGAUGACAGAACAGGUUGUUGCAUUUUGUGUGUGUGUGAUGUACAUGUCAGCUCCGAUAGUUUGGUCACCUCACGCCUGUAGAUGUACUAAUAUAGAGGAAUGAAUGUUUAUGGCAUCUGUACAUCUAUGAGAUACUCUGGUUAUUCAUUAUUAGUGUAUCAGCUAUACUUAUCUGGUGUAGUCUCCGUUAGUCCGUUCAUAUGAUUUUGGUGAAUAUGGAACAAGAUAGCUUGUACAAACAAGGCAAUGGCAAAUUUCCAGGCCUUGUUUGAACGCAGGGAACUUCCUUUUGCCGAA